AUGCAACAGAUUGCAGCAGCUGAAGCUGGUUCGACUACAUUCUCAAAUCCUGUGUAUGACCUAGAAACGGAUAGCACAGAGAUGGUUUCACUAGAGAAUACACCAUCAACCUCAAGAGCAACAAGUUUCCGUUCGCAGCGGACCGGUGAUGACGUCAUAGCACCGAAUGCGGAACUCACAGUGAAACCAGCCGUUCCUCCACGACCCAACAAGGCCGAAAAGGACAAGAAUAUCCUGGUGGAGAACCCAGUGUUUGAAGCUAAUCCAGAUGAAAUCUCGGAUGUAUAG